AUGUUUUCCGGUAGAAAAAGAGGGUGGGAAUUAUACGAAGAAUUUGAAUCCGAGUUUUCACCAUCAGCUGUUGUCGCAUUGUUUCAUCAAAAAUUAAAAUACGAGUCACCACCAACAUACACUUACGACAAGAAGGUCAAUAGAAAGUACGCGUGUAAAUUAACUUACGAGAACGAAGAGUGGGAAACCGAAAUAUUGUACGACAGACAAAAGGAUGCAAAAAAUGGUGUAGCUAAAGUAGCGUUAAAAACCUUAACAUAUCGUUAUCCAAAGUUGGCGGUUACCAUCCAACAAAUCCUCGAAAUGAGAUGUAAGUUAGGCCCCAAGCGACUAGUGUUUGGAAAUGGUGUUCAUCAAAUGGCAAAAAACAUUGCCGAAAAAAUUUCAAGACCACCAUCCGAUAUCUGGCUCGAAACACAACAACCAUUAACACCACAUAGAACACUUUUAGCCGACUUCAUGUUGAAUUAUAACCUUGGAAAUCCAGUUUAUGUUGACAUUAUACCACCAGGGAUUAAAUAUAUUAACCCUCACAACGAGGUUACGAUUUCCAUUGCAAAAACUAUAGCUGAUGCUGCUACCCGUUCACCACCAGCAGCUGAUGCUGCCACCCAUUCACCACCAGCAGUUGAUGCUGACUCUAAUACUACAAAAAAAGGAUUAUUUUAUGUUUCUGUUAUUGUUGGAAAACGCAAAUUCAAUCCAUCAAAAGGAUUUGAAAUCAAGUCCGAGGCACAAGAUCAC